UUACUUCUUGGGAGCCUUCUCGGUCUUCUUGGGCAGAAGCACAGCCUGGAUGUUGGGCAGCACACCGCCCUGAGCGAUGGUCACUCCUCCCAGCAGCUUGUUGAGCUCCUCGUCGUUGCGGACAGCCAGCUGCAGGUGACGGGGGAUGAUACGGGUCUUCUUGUUGUCGCGGGCAGCGUUUCCAGCCAGCUCCAGGAUCUCAGCAGUCAGGUACUCAAGCACAGCCGCCAGGUAGACGGGAGCUCCGGCACCGACGCGCUGGGCAUAGUUACCCUUCCUUAGAUGUCUGUGGACACGGCCGACGGGGAACUGGAGCCCGGCACGGGAGGAGCGGGUCUUAGCCUUUGCUCUGGACUUACCACCGGUUUUGCCUCUUCCACUCAUUUUGAGAUGUGUUUACAAGCUUGGUACACGAGAAUGUGAUGACCAACGAAAGCAAUGUUGCUUUAUAUAUCAGCGAUCAGGUGACGUCACACUCUGGAUUUAGGCGGGCUUUUAAAAAAACAUAAUCCACCAAUAGGCAGCGGAGAUUCAGGUGGGUGGGUUGCACCUCUAGGCGGUGCUGAGCGCAAGAAGGAAAACUCACCAAUCAGGAGCCAGAGGUCUGAAGCAGCGUCACUAUUUCACAAGCCUUUCUAAAGCUUAUAAGAGCCGCAUGACUUAUGUUUUCACCACAUUUUCUCCAUAUUAGAGAAAGACUCAACAGCCAUGGCAAGAACCAAGCAGACCGCACGUAAAUCCACCGGAGGCAAAGCCCCAAGGAAGCAGCUGGCCACCAAGGCUGCUCGUAAGAGUGCCCCGGCCACCGGCGGUGUGAAGAAGCCUCACCGUUACAGGCCCGGUACCGUGGCUCUGAGAGAGAUCCGUCGCUACCAGAAAUCCACGGAGCUGCUGAUCCGCAAGCUGCCCUUCCAGCGCCUGGUGAGAGAAAUCGCUCAGGACUUCAAGACCGACCUGCGCUUCCAGAGCUCCGCUGUCAUGGCUCUGCAGGAGUCCAGCGAGGCUUACCUGGUCGGCCUGUUCGAGGACACCAACCUGUGCGCCAUCCACGCCAAGAGGGUCACCAUCAUGCCCAAGGACAUCCAGCUGGCUCGCCGCAUCCGCGGAGAGAGGGCUUAAACAGAAUCGAGAUCAGACCAUAAUAACACAAAGGCUCUUUUAAGAGCCACCUCACUUUUCAAUGAACAGCUUAUUCCCAAACUUCAACAAAUGAUUGACAAACAGAUGCUCAUCUAUUUUUAAGCUCUUGUUUAUUCUAAAUUCUCAAUUACCUUCCAGCUUGAUUCUUGUAUACAUUUGAAAUUUUGAAUAACACAGUUAAGUCCACUGUUUUAUAUUGUGUUAAAGAUUAAUAUACUUUUACUUGAGCGUAAUAUCUAAAUAAAGGGACAUAUACUUCACAAUUAUUUACAAAACAUAAAUACAGAUGCAUAUAUUAAUUACAUAGAAUAAAUACAUUGUAAUGUUAAGGGGUAGAUUUGUCAGUUCUUCCUCCCAAUCCAAACAACUUUAAAUAAGUUAUGAGGUAAUAUCUCGACUGCCGUACUGAUGAAUAUGAGCCUUAGCCUAGAAUUCUGUGAUGAAUCAUGGAAAAAUAAAUGAAAACCAAGCUUCUUGAAUAUGUUGCGAAAUCCAUUAGAAAUCUAUACAAGGAUUGUGAGAUCUUAUCUCCCCAUCCAAUCAACUUUCAUAACAAAGCUCUUAAGUUAACAAGUGCUGUUUUCAUUCAUAAGUAUUUACUUUAAUUGUGUUGUAUGUUUAUGUUUAUUAUAAGUUAAUAAAAAAGACAUAACUUGGGCUUCUCGUCUGUCUGCAGCUAAGGACCACAGUUAUAAGGGAAUACUCUUUAAAGGAUGAGCCUCCGGCAGCCAGAGCCUUCUUAACGGCGGCUAGAGACAUGCCGCUUCGCUCCUUGGAGUCGGCCACAGCUUUGGUGAUGAGAUCCCGGACGCCGGGACCAGCCUUCUUCGGCUUGGACACCUUCUUCUUGACGGCUUUGGCCGGUGCGACGGCUGGAGGUACUUCUGCCAUUUUCUGUUGGAUUUUCUUCCUGCUCUCACUAACACGAGACACUGACUGAACUGGUGAAGAGAGCUGCGCAGGGGGCUGGACUUAAACACACCAUGAGAACCGUGAAGACUCAACUAAGCCAGGGGUUCCUCUCUGCAGUCUGAAAACUUUGCAACUUGUGUUUUCUCUUCAUAGAUAAUACACUCUAAACUAAAUGUGGAAAACGUGCAGAAGUCUGGCAGUCAAUGGAGCUGAUAGCAGACAUGUGUCUCUUCAUAUUAAAGUCAUUUAGAGGUCUGAGGCUCUCUGAAUUAUGUUUGUGUAGCCUCAAAACCUCACAAAUACUCCACCGUGACAAGCACUGCACAGCGGCUUUUCCGUCUCGUUUCGUUUUAUUAAUUAUUUAAAAUGCAUUAGAGAAUCAUCAGAAAAUGUUUUCCAACCGACCAAAGGGUUUAUUCAGCAAAUCCGUGUAAAAACAGACAUUUGCCUCUGAUGAAAUUCUAAUAAAAGGACGUUUUCUGCUGUCAGCAAACACACCGUUUGCUUGUUGCGCAGUUCAGCCUGCUCGCUAAGUCCACUCA